AUGAAAUUUGACAAAAUUUUGAACCUCAAAAUUACCUUAAAUAAUAACCCUACUAACAUCCUUAAUAACCUCUGCACCGGCCUCGAAACCUUCCUCGGCUUCAACUCUGCUUCCAAAGGCUACGACGGCUCUGGCAUUGUGUACUCCGACCUGGAUAGGCUGUGUGACGGGGUGAUGGGAUUUUUGUUUAGUAUAAUCACUGACGUAAAAGACGACAAAAACCUUACGAAAUACAAUAAUAAUAUAGACACAAUGUUAGAAAAAAUUAAACUCGCUCAAUAUAAUAGAAAAAAUUUUGAUAGUAGUAUUCGCGAAGUCAGUCAGGGGAUUAAGGCGUGGGUGAGGGGGGUGGAGGAGAGGAAUGAAAGUAUAACAAAGCCAUUAGCAAACCUUGAAAAAACUUUACAUGGUCAUGCGUCGGUCGAAAUGGAUGACAAUCCCAUAACAGAUCAGUUGUCUACUUGGCAGGGCUUCUCCAGCAUAUACCUUCAAGAGGUUGAAAAAUCUGAAAUAGCUCUAGAUGAAAUAGACGAUGAGUUAAGGAACGAAAUAGCGCCCAAAAUAGAAUUAAUAAAACAAGUUGUCGAUAAUUUUUGGAAUUCGGUCAAUGAUCUUGGCGUCUAUGAUUCCGUUAAGAAGUUAAAAGAUAAGUUCGGUGCAAUUCCUAAGAUUGUCAAUAUGGAAAUUGGAACACAAAUACAAGAGGUAAAUAAUACAUUAAAUGACAAGUUCGAGAAAAUGUUCCGCGAUAUUCACAAUCUCACGCAAAAUAAGAAAUCGCACAUAAACGAAUCUCUGUCGC